UGAUUUGAUAAACAUUUGCGAUGGUCAGUUACAAAGUUGGAGACCAAAAAAAAAUUGCAAAUCUGUCUUCCUCGUCUCGCCAAAUUUAUUUUCCGAUUCAAUUCUAGGGUUUCGGCAGAAGAAGGAAACCACCGUUAAACCCUAAUCGCAGUUACAAAUCGCAAUCGUUUCUUCCCACACUUCUCUUCGCGUCUCUCGAUCUGUCAGAAAACUGGACAACAAACCUAUGCCGUCGACGCCGCUGAUGAACGGUGGUACGCCUCCUCUUGGUGGCGGAGAUAGAACGGAUGUGGCGAACGCGGUGGUGGUGGUGGAUGAUAAGCCAGGAGUGUCGAUGAUGGAGCAGUUGGUUCCGGAAAUAACGACACACGCGCUUAGUUACUUGGAUUAUCCAAGUCUUUGUCGCUUGUCUAUGACUAAUUCGUUGAUGAGGAAAGCUGCUAAUGAUGAUAAUGCUUGGAAAGCUCUUUAUCACAAGGAUUUUACAUUGGAGCAAGAUGGUAUAACACCAGUUAAUGGGUGGAAAGCUUACUAUGCAACUACUAGAGCUAUUAUUAGUGUGAAUACUGAAUUCUUCAGCAUCAUUAGAGACAGAGCUCUUCAAGAGAUGGCUCGAUUGUGGUUGAACUCGGACUAUGUGAAGUGUAUUCAUGCCUCGGGCGAACUCUUCUCUGGGUACAAUGAAGUGAUGCAAAGCUGGCAACUCUGUUUCAACUGGGAACAAGGGUUUGACUUUCAGGUCCACACUGUUCGUACUCGGAUACUAACGGACAUGGCUUGGGUCACCAUGAAAGCUUACCUGAACGUGGAUGGUGGUCCGUUCCUGAUCACAAAUGUGUUCGAGUUCCACAAUGGAAGGUGGCACAUGGUUCAUCAUCACAGCUCUGUGAUGCUCAACGAUGAUCAACAAGUUGUUGUUCAUUGAUGAUUAAUCUUUAGUUUUUUGGUUCCUUCUCUUCCUUUAUUUUCAAGGGGACAACAAAUAAAGAAGAAGAAAGAAACUGCAUAUUGGAAAUUGGCUUAUUAGAUUCAUAGUGUUAUUAUUUAGUUUUAAGUAACGACAUGUACUGAAUGUUUUUUUUUCUUUCAGCUGUUCUUGAAUGGUUGGUCUAAUUUUUAUUUUUCCUUUCUAUUUGGUUUUUGGGAUACAUUCAAUGGUGAGAAUGAGAAUUGAUCAAAAGUAUUGAUUAUCGUA